ACACACUCCCAGCAGGUGACGUAGAUGAAACAUUUUCUCUUUGAACAAAAAUACAGAUUAAUCCAGGAACUUGGAGAUGUUUUUUCUUUGCACUUUGACAGAUUUCAAUGUCUGACAUUAUUUGAUUUUCUCUACAUCAACCCUGCUAUCUUUUUCUCAAGAUGCUGAACUGAUGUGGCAUGCUCUUUUGUAGCAAACAGGUUUGACAGCCACAUUGUUUUCACGGCAUCCUGAGUAUCCCAGCCUUGAAUUUCCAAACAGACCUCGUCAUGAUGGAGACAGAGAAAAUGCCUGGGAGUUGUCCUGCCCAGGGCCAAACUGCUGUCAGGACCUGGCUCUCCUCCAGCACAAGAGGAUCACCCACUCACACCACUUCCCGUUUCCGUGGAGAUGGGGUUCGCUACAAAGCCAAGCUGAUCGGCGUGGACCCAGUACCCGACGCCCAGGGAGACAAGAUGUGCUGGGACUCCAUGAUGAAACUGAAGGGCUUUGAGGCAGCAGCAAGGAAACAGGGGAAACACAAGCAGAGAGUUUGGUUGAAAGUUUCCUGCAGGGGCCUGAAAAUCGUGGAUGAAAGGACUGGGGCGGCACUUUAUGACCAUGACAGGAGCAGAAUCAGCUCUUUGACAAAAGAUGAGUCAGACCCCAGAGCGCUGGCCUACGUCUACCAACACCAAGACACCUACAGCCUCUUCUACAUCAAGAUGGCCAACCUGGCAGAUCCGGUCCUGGUUGACAUCGAGGAGGUUUGUCAGGUUGUGGAACAAGAGACACCGCAGGAACCUGCAGAGGCACCAGCACAAACCAGUUCCUUACUGCUUCUAAAUGACAGUUCAGCCCUUCCGGCUGAGGGACCAGCUAUGGAGGAAGUAUUCUCUUCGUCAGGACAAUCAAACCAGACCUCUUCCCAUAAUGAGUUGAUGGAAGUCUUCUCCGUCCAGAUGGAGGAGCCACUGAUGGCCCCCCAGAGCUCAUGUGCCAGUCAGCCAGAGUCUCCACAGCCACUGCUCUCCACCUCUCAGAUCCUCUCCAUGUUCCCCACACAGCCGGUAGGGGGCUUUCCAUACUCCUCUCCCCCAUACUCUCCCACCACAAUGUCCUGGGGCCAGCAGGGGCUUCUGGGAAAUCAGUGGGCAGGUCCAGCUGUGGCGCCCUGGCCCACAAUCCCCGGCAGUAUGGCAGCAGCGUGGGCACCAGCAGGCAUCGCAGCGCCCCCUGCAGGCAGCCUGAUUCAGGCUCACGGCUCUCAGCCUGGAGUCAUGAGGGGAGGAAACACAACGGGUACCCCACCCCUUUAAACUCCUGCUAUGCCCCCGCUGGAGCAACAGGACCACUGCAGUCGCUUUCUCCCACCCUCGACCAUAAUCCCCUCCUGUCAUGAACUGGUUAGAAUGGGAAAAGUGGUUUGGAUUAAAGGGGGGAAAAAUUACAUGGCUUGAUGGCUUUUGUUUUGAUUGAUGAAUUCUUAUUUAAUUUUUCAAGAGAAGUCCAAAGAGAAUGUAUCUGCUAUGGUUUCUACUAUGAACAUGUCUUCAAUAUAUUUGUAUUUCCAUUUACGGCCACUGAAUAUUUGAUUAAUUUUGAUUGGGUGGAAGGUGGGGAUUAACUUUUAGUAAGCAGACAGUAUGACCGGACACCUAUGAUGCACGUGUUUGUUUUCAGUUGUAAAUGAAUGCAGUAGUAUUAUUAGUAGUAGUACUCUAAAGACAGGAGCAGUGAGGCUUAGGUAAAGAUCUUGGAGCUAGUGUUAUUUGUGUAACCACCAACAACAAUAACAAAAGAUACAGUAAAUAGCUGCUGGUUGAGAACCACGCAAAUUUAAUUUCUAUUUACGUGAAUCUAGAACAUUCACUCUUUCUUUAAUUUGCAUAAAUAAUCAAAUAUUUGUGUUGAUAUUCAACAAAACUGGAAAAUUGAAGCAAUUCAACAUGUCAGUCAGAGUUACAGUAUAAGGUCUCCACGACAUUUUCUAUCUGUUUAAACUGGAAAAUACAAGUUUGAUCCAAAACAAAACUGGUCUUGUUUCCCUUAAAAAGAACUGAUAGCUGAGAUUGCUAAAUAAUAUUGAUAUAGAUAUCAGCAGUUGAUACUAAUCAUGUUUAAUUUCUUUUGCUCAUAUACAAUCCACAGUAUGUUCUGUUUUUUUCUUUUUGCUUUAUCUGAUACUUGAAAUUACUUUUUCUUUGUUUGUUUGGUUUCUACAUGUUACUUUGCUUUUUCUAUAUCAAAUUAAUUACAAUUUGCUGUCUUUUUCUUAAGUUUUCUUUAGGUUUGCUCAUGUACUGCACUUAAAAUAAAGUAGAGAACAUACAA